UUUUUGAUUUUGUUUCAGGUUCCUGACGAAUUGGUGGAGCAUUAUCUCGCUAAAAGCGGUUUUCAAUGUCCCGAUGUUCGAUUGAUUAGACUUGUUGCUGUUGCUACUCAAAAGUUUAUAACAGAGGUUGCCACAGAUUCUCUGCAGUCUAAUAUCUUGGUUAUCAUUGGGACAUUGUUCGGCAUUCCUGGAAAAUCAAAAGACCAUAAAUUUGCUCGUCGGGAUUUGAAAUACCUGCGAGAGGAGAAAGACCUUCGAUGGGUGCCGGAGCUUGAGGUUCAAGAAUUAGAAGAUGGAAGUGAAGAGUUUCCGACAUCUAUGCUUUGGAUGAAUGAUGAUGAAAUUGAGCCGUAAAAGAACAUAUUUAGAAUUUUGUGUGGCUUUUGGAAACAUUUUGUGAACUUGUUUAAUUUGUUCGAUACUUGGUUUUGGUUGCACUAGUUGGAAAAUGAUGAUGAAAAUGAUGAUGUAUAGGUGAAUAUUUGGUUGCACUAGGUUAUGGAAGAAUUGAUCCUUAGUUUUUGAUAUAACAAGUUAAUCGUGUAAAUUUCUUAACUAUAAUAUUUGUAAUCAAAUUUCUAAUUACAUCUUAUGCUAUCAAUUAUUAAAAUUAUCAUUUGCUUAGCUUUUUCAUUAAAGACUUUUUGUAACGGUAUUGUGCGACCAAGAGAAACUGUUGCCAAAAUAUUGUAUCUUUGGCAACAGUCAACUGCUACCGUUGCAAUAGAUGCAAGAAAUCGUUGCAAAAGACUUUUGGCUACGGCAGUAAAUGCGACGGUCCUUAACCGUCGCAAAAAGGUUUUAGCAACGCUUUUUAGGCCUACAGCAACGGUCCUUAACCGUUGCAACAAGUCUUUUAUCUAGUAGUGCUCAGAAAAAUGCCCGGGCAUGGUCCUGUGGAUAUGGAGUACCCAUUUCUAAUUUUAUAUAUAUUAAAUAUACUUACUGCUAC